AUGGAUGAUCAAAAAGGUGACAGUUUCUCAUCGUCAGGUAACAAUGAAUGUGUCAAAAAUGAUUCAUUGCUAGAUAAUACAGUAACUAUAUUGGAUGUCAACGAAUCAUUAAUGAAUAUUGUCAAUAAAGAACAGGGAGAUAAUAUGCAACAAUCUAUCAAUGAUGGAAAUAUCUUGAAAUGUGAUAAUAAUUCUCAAAUUGAGGAAUCAGUACUACAACCACCACCAUCAUCAUCACCAAUUGAACCAGAAAAUAAACUUGUUAAUCGAGCUCUAGAAUUAGCGCAAUCACUUUUUGGACCAGAUACGACAAUUGUUAAAACAUUUCAAGCAAUUCCAGUGCAACGUGAACUUGAUUUCGAUAAUGAUACUAUUGAAAUAGGUCGAUUGGAAGGUCAAAGAGAGGAUAAAGAAUUGAUGGCAAAUAAUGAAAUAAAACAAGGUGAAAGUUCAGGUCAUUGUGCAGCAGAUACAAUUGAUUGUUUCAAAAAUCGAAUCGCUUCAUCAGCAUUCAACGCUCAAACUACUGCACUUAAUCAUAGUGAUUUCACCGCUCUUGAGGUUUUGAAUUCCAUUUAUCGUAAUGCACCAGUUGGCGGUUCUCGUUUUGUAAAGCCUACAUCAACAACAUUUUCAUAUAUACCACAAAAUGCCAAUUCACGUGCUGAACUAAAGACCAAAGAUUCGACAACAACAAAUACAGAAACGGAACAAUCGGCACAUGAAGGUGAUGAAGAGAUUUUUCAUCAACGACAACGUGAUCUAAUGGAUGAGUAUUUUCAUCGACCUGGUGAUCUACGUCAUAUCAAAACAUCUUUUGGUCGUCAAGGACAAUUAUGGGCUGAUCAAAAGUAUUAUGAAUAUUAUGAAUAUUUAUGCAGGGGUAUCAAACGCGCAUUAUCACAUCCAGGUUCAUUUGAUUUAGAUUGUGGUGCUGGUAGCGUUCACACUCCAUCUAAUCAACAAGCUAACGGAAUUUGUCGCGCAAUGAAAUCUAAUCUGUAUUAUCAGUACAGUCCAGGACCGGAAAUAUAUUCCAGAAAAGUGUUUGUCGGCGGAUUACCAAUUGAUAUCGAUGAAAAUGAGCUUAUGGCUACUUUCAGUCGUUUCGGUCCUUUGAUUGUAGAUUGGCCAAACAAAGGUGAAAAUAAAAGCUACUUCCCUCCCAAAGGCUACGUGUUUCUUAUCUUUGAAUAUGAAAUUAGCGUACGCGCAUUAGUGCAAUCAUGUUUUGUGGAGGAUGAAAAGCUUUUCUUGUAUAUUUCAAGUCCAUUAUCACCUGAUAAAUUGGUGCAAAUUCGACCUUGGCGUCUUGCUGAUGCAGAUUAUGUAGUUGAAGCAAGCAUUCCAUUGUAUGCACGACGUGCUGUUUUUGUCGGUGGAGUACCACGACCUAUUAAAGCAGUAGAAUUAGCACAUAUAAUGGAUGGCUUGUAUGGAAGUGUUGGUUGUGCGGGUAUCGAUACUGAUGUUGAAUAUAAAUAUCCGAAAGGUGCUGGACGUAUAGCAUUUACCAAUCAAAAUUCAUAUAUGAAAGCAAUUACCGAUCGUUAUGUACAAUUAAGUCAUGGUGAAGUAGAGAAACGAGUUGAAUUGAAGCCAUAUGUACUGGAUGAUCAACCAUGUGAUGAAUGUGGUGGUGAACGUUGUGGACAUCGUCAUGCGCCAUUCUUUUGUCCACAACUUUCUUGUUUGCAAUAUUAUUGUGAGAAAUGUUGGACAAUGAUACAUGGAUGUCGUGCACGUGAAGAUCAUAAGCCAUUAGUAAAAGAAGCUUAG